AUGAACAACACUAGGAUUGUGAAUCAGCAUUAUCACCGCAGAGGUCACAGCUUCAAUGGCUUUGCCAGCAUCCAUUCCUUCUCCAACAACACAAACUCAUCCCAAGGGAAACCCGGGAGACUUUCAUUUGAAUCAGCAAAAUUGGCCUCAAGUGGGAUUGAUGAUUUAUUGUCAUCCACCGAAGGAGGAAAGCAUGACUAUGAUUGGCUCCUUACUCCCCCGGAGACCCCUCAUUUAGCAUCAUCUGAAGGAGUAUCCCAACCAACUGUGGUGCCUUCAAGAAGGAGCUUGGGUAGACCAAUGUCAAGCACUAAUGCCUCGAGGCUUUCAGUUUCACAAUCAGAGAACAAUAACAAUCACUCUCACUCAAGACCAACAAGAAGUGGUUCAGUGACUCGCAAUCCAAACAGAUCCUCCUCCAUCAUUAACACAAGGCCAUCCUCUCCCAUAACCCGCUCCCCAUCUGCAGCAAGGCCUUCCACUUCAACCUUACGUCAAACAACAACAUCAACACCCCCAAGAGCACUUUUACCACGCUCACUUCCCAUUUCUACAAACUCAUCAUCAUCAUCUGACAUCAACAAAACUAGAACAUCACAAGGCUCAAGGCCAUCCACUCCAAUUUCAAUUUCAAGGCUUUCCAUUCCUGCCAACUUACAUUCACCAUCUACCACUUUACGGUCUCCUUCACGGCCCUCUACACCCUCUCGACGCCAUUCGCUUCCAUCUCCAUCACCUUCAGCCACACGUGUUGCACGCAAUUCAGCUAGUCAUCGUCCCCAGCCAAUUGUUCCACCUGAUUUUCCUCUUGAAACACCACCAAACCUCAGAACAACGCUGCCUGCUGAUAGACCUGUCUCUGCAGGAAGGUCUCGUCCUGGUGCUGUUGUUACUCUUCCUUUGAAGCCAAACUCAGAAAUGCAAGCCCCAGCUGUUACCAUGUCAAGGAGACAGCCAUCUCCUAUUGCCAAUAGGGGGAGGCUCUCGGAGUACACAUCAAAAAGCCGUGUCCAUGCCAAUGCUACUGAUGCCUCUGAUGUAGUUGCUAGGAAAUCUGUUAAGUCGUCAACUACUGCCACAGAGAACAAUGGUCUAGGGAGGACCAUCUCAAAGAAAUCAUUGGAUAUGGCUAUUAGACACAUGGAUGUGAGGAAUGGAUCAGGAACUCUUCGUUCACUUUCAAGUGCCACACUCUACCCUCAGAGUAUUCGAACUUCGACUCACAAGACACACCACAGUCGAGGUUUAAGUGUUCCAUCGUCAAUGAACAUUAACGGAAGCCUCCAAAGCAGAAACAAUGGACACAACACUACUAGGAAAAAUGGAAGAGAGAAAAGUGAAAGGCAAAAACAAUACAUGGGAAAAUUGAGUGAAGUGGUGGAUGUGUACGAGAGUUAUCCUUAUGAUUCACUAUUGCUUAAAGAAGAUUUGAACAACACAAACUGGUUGCAUAGCGUUGAUGAAAAAUGUGAUGAAGGACCUAUCUUUGAUAUUGGAUUUGAGUCCCUGCCAGAACCUUUUGGACUCUAUUAG